AGGGUGUGUGGGCUCCAGAUGGGGAAAAUGUCAAAAUACCAGUGGCAAUUAAGGUGUUACGAGAGAACACCUCGCCAAAAGCCAAUAAAGAGAUCCUUGAUGAGGCCUAUGUGAUGGCAGGAGUGGCCAGCCCCUACGUGUGCCGUCUGCUGGGGAUUUGUCUGACCUCCACGGUGCAGCUUGUAACUCAGCUGAUGCCGUACGGCUGUCUCCUAGACUACGUCAGGGAGAACAAGGACCGCAUUGGCUCCCAGUACCUCCUCAACUGGUGUGUCCAGAUCGCCAAGGGGAUGAAUUAUCUGGAGGAGGUCCGGCUGGUCCACAGAGAUUUGGCUGCCCGCAAUGUUCUGGUCAAGAACCCGAACCAUGUGAAGAUCACUGACUUUGGUCUGGCUCGUCUGCUCGAUAUAGACGAGACUGAAUAUCAUGCUGAUGGAGGGAAG